CGGACGCAUGCGUAGACCUGUUGCCAGGGCGCCGGGGAUCUUCCCACCCCCCUCCUCCCCCCCAGCUCCGUCCCGCUCCGCCGCUGCGGGGCGCGUGCCUCCCCGCUUCCUCUGCUCUUCGCUUUACCCCCCACGCCCGCGCCGCCCGCCCCAACUCCCGCCUGCUGAGCGCACUUCGGUUCCCCUCUGGCCCACCCGAGCGGCCUCGAGAGGCCCGGAGCGCGCAGGCGCGGGCGGAGUCCGAGGGGGCGGGGAGGGGCGGGGCGCAGGCGCGGACCGUCCCGCGGCGGGCGCCUGGCUGCGGGGCUCCCGCCUCCUGCUUCUCGGGCGCACCGGGGUGCGCCCAGCUUGGCGGUAGGGGGGACCGGCGAGCGGGAGCCGAGGUCGGACGCCCUGAGGUUGGCCUUCGCGUCGUGACAGCCGCGCCGACUCCUUUUCCCCCGGGGCGACCGCGACUUGUUGGAGAUCUGAUGGCCAAAAGAAAGGAAGAAAAUUUCUGCUCUCCUGAAAAUGCUAAAAGGCCAAGACAAGAAGAACUGGAAGAUUUUGAUAAAGACGGAGAUGAGGAUGAAUGUACAAUUUCUUUCACUAAUGGAACCUCUACUUUGACUGCAGCAGAAGUUGGAAUAAUUGAGAGCAUUCAGCUAAGAAACUUCAUGUGCCAUUCAAUGCUUGGACCUUUUAAAUUUGGUUCUAAUGUCAACUUCGUUGUUGGCAAUAAUGGAAGUGGAAAGAGUGCUGUACUCACCGCUCUCAUAGUUGGUCUUGGUGGAAAAGCAGUUGCUACUAACAGAGGAUCCUCUUUGAAAGGUUUUGUGAAAGCUGGACAGAACUCAGCAGACAUCUCAAUAACAUUAAGGAACAGAGGAGAUGAUGCCUUCAGGGCAAAUGUGUACGGUGACUCGAUAGUUGUACAGCAGCACAUUAGUGUGGACGGAAGUCGAUCUUACAAACUAAAAAGUGAAAAAGGCACCGUGGUUUCUACUAAGAAAGAAGAACUGAUUGCAAUUCUUGAUCAUUUUAACAUCCAGGUGGACAAUCCAGUUUCUGUUUUAACACAAGAGAUGAGCAAGCAGUUCUUACAGUCCAAAAAUGAGGGUGACAAAUACAAAUUCUUUAUGAAAGCAACCCAGCUUGAGCAGAUGAAGGAAGAUUAUUCAUAUAUUAUGGAAACAAAAGAAAGAACAAAGGAGCAGAUAAAUCAAGGAGAAGAGCGACUUACUGAACUAAAGCGCCAGUGUUUGGAGAAAGAGGAACGUUUUCAAAAUAUUGCUGGUUUAAGUACAAUGAAGACUAAUUUAGAGUAUUUGAAACAUGAAAUGGCUUGGGCAGUGGUCAAUGAAAUUGAAAAACAAUUGAAUGCUAUUCGAGAUAACAUCAAAAUUGGUGAAGAACGUGCUGCCAAACUUGACAGGAAGAUGGAAGAACAGCAGGUCAGACUUAAUGAUGCAGAAAAAAAGUACAAAGAUAUUCAAGAUAAACUAGAAAAAAUUAGUGAAGAGACAAACGCACGAGCACCAGAAUGUAUGGCAUUGAAGACAGAUGUCAUCGCAAGGACAAGAGCCUUUAAUGAUGCUGAGGUUUUGUAUAACCGCUCCUUAAAUGAAUAUAAAGCAUUAAAGAAAGAUGACGAACAGCUUUGUAAAAGAAUUGAAGAGCUGAAGAAAAGCACUGAUCAGUCUUUGGAACCAGAGCGCUUGGAAAGGCAGAGAAGGAUAUGUUGGUUGAAAGAGAAAGUCCAGGCCUUACAGGACCAGGAAAGUGCCGUCAAUCAGGAGGCUGCACAGUUUGAGCAAGCUAUAGAGAAGGACAAACAAGAACAUGUCCGAAUUAAGAGAGAAGAUUUAGAUGUGAGGCAUACACUGAACUAUAAUCAGAGACAAUUGAAAGAACUGAAAGAUAGUAAAACUGAUCGACUAAAAAGAUUUGGUCCUCAUGUUCCAGCUCUUCUGGAAGCAAUAGAUGAUGCUUACAGACGGAGACAGUUUACUCAUAAACCUAUCGGCCCUUUAGGUGCUUGCAUUCAUCUGCGGGACCCAGAGCUUGCUUUGGCCAUUGAAUCUUGCUUGAAAGGACUUCUGCAAGCCUAUUGUUGCCAUAACCAUGCAGAUGAGAGAGUGCUUCAGUCAUUGAUGAAAAAAUUUUAUCCACCAGGGACCUCUCGGCCCCAGAUAAUCGUUUCUGAAUUUCGGAAUGAGGUAUAUGAUGUGAGACUCAGAGCUGCUUACCAUCCAGAGUUUCCGACUGUUCUGACAGCUUUAGAAAUAGACAAUGCUGUUGUUGCAAAUAGCCUGAUUGACAUGCGGAGCAUAGAGACCGUGCUGCUGAUUAAAAAUAAUUCUGUAGCUCGUGCAGUCAUGCAGUCCCAAAAGCCACCCAAAAACUGUAGAGAAGCUUUUACUGCUGAUGGUGAUCAGGUUUUUGCAGGACGUUAUUAUUCAUCGGAAAACACAAGACCCAAGUUUCUAAGCAGAGAUGUGGAUUCUGAAAUCAGCGAUUUGGAGACUGAGAUUGAAAAUAGAAAGGCCCACAUAAUAAAUCUUCAGCACCAUCUCUCUGCCCUUGAGAAGUCUAUUAAACGAAAUGAAGAACUUCUUAAAAGGUGCCAGCUACAUUAUAAAGAAAUAAAGAUGAAAAUAAGAAAAAAUAUUUCUGAAAUUCGGGAACUUGAGAAUAUAGAAGAACACCAAUCUGUAGAUAUUGCAACCUUGGAGGAUGAAGCUGAAGAAAACAAGGUCAAAAUGCAGACGGUUGAGAGAAACAUGGAGCAGCAGAAAGAGAACAUGGAGAAUCUCAGGAGUCUAAAACUGGAAGCCGAAAACAAGUACGACACAAUUAAACAGAAAAUUAAUCAGCUGUCAGAGCUGGCAGAUCCACUUAAGGAUGAAUUAAAUCUUGCUGACUCUGAAGUGGAUAGCCAAAAACGAGGAAAGCAGCAUUAUGAAGAUAAACAGAAAGAACAUUUGGAUACCUUAAAUAAAAAGAGAAGAGAACUUGACAUGAAGGAAAAGGAGCUACAGGAGAAAAUGUCACAAGCAAGACAGAUCUGCCCAGAACGGAUAGAAGUAAAAAAAUCUGCAUCAAUUCUAGACAAAGAAAUUAAUCGAUUAAGACAAAAAAUUCAGGCAGAACAUGCUAGUCAUGGAGAUCGGGAAGAAAUAAUGAAGCAGUACCAGGAAGCGAGAGAAACCUAUCUUGAUCUGGAUAAUAAAGUAAGGACUUUAAGAAGGUUCAUUAAGUUACUAGAAGAAAUAAUGACUCAUAGGUACAAAACAUAUCAACAGUUUAGAAGGUGUUUGACAUUGCGAUGCAAAUUAUACUUUGACAACUUACUAUCUCAGCGGGCUUACUGUGGAAAAAUGAAUUUCGACCACAAGAAUGAAACUCUGAGUAUUUCAGUUCAGCCUGGAGAGGGAAAUAAAGCUUCCUUCAAUGACAUGCGUGCUUUGUCCGGCGGUGAACGGUCUUUCUCCACAGUGUGCUUCAUUCUUUCCCUGUGGUCCAUUGCCGAAUCACCUUUCAGAUGCCUGGAUGAGUUUGAUGUCUACAUGGAUAUGGUUAAUAGGAGAAUUGCGAUGGAUAUGAUACUUAAGAUGGCAGACUCCCAGCGUUUUAGACAAUUUAUCUUGCUUACCCCUCAAAGCAUGAGCUCACUUCCUUCAAGUAAACUGAUUAGAAUUCUUCGAAUGUCUGAUCCUGAAAGAGGGCAAACCACAUUGCCUUUCCGACCUGUGACUCAAGAGGAAGAUGACAAUACAAGCUGACAACUUAGUGCCUUGCCCUCAUGCUGAAAGGUUGUGAGGGGAUCUGGACUGUCGGAUGGAAUAGAAUGAGACUAGAGAGAUUCUGGAAUAGAAGAGGCUCCUUUAAUCUGACCCAUCGAUUGUGUGCAGCCUAGAAAACCAGCCGCUGCCAACAGUUAAAAUUACUACUGCUUUCUUUGUGAAAACCAAUUUCAUAAUACUGGUUUUAAAUCUUUUAAGUUGGUUUGCUUUGGAGUUUCUGUAUUUUGUUUGUUUUUAUCAUCUACUUUUAUAAAUUUUUUCAGGAGUAAAAUUUUGUACAUAUGCACAUGUACAUAUCUGUUCAGUUUGGGUUCAUUUCUAUAGUAUUUUGUAAGAAUUAAAAUAAAAGUUUGAGCACCCGAUGUUUAGUUUUGCUUUUCCAGGUUGUUACAGUCUAAUUUUAAAAAUUAACAAAUGUCUGUGGAAAGAAGGAUUUCUUGGUGUGGAAUGGGGGAAUGCAGUGGACAAGACUAGUUACACGGGACAUACUGAUGUUUAAGUAUUAGAGACCUACUUAAGACUUGAUAUACUGGGCAAAACCUGUGCUUGCCAUUGAUUUUUAACCCUAGGGUACAACUAUAGAUUUGGGAUACAAUUCUGAAAUCACUGCAUUUCAUCAAUUUUAAGAUGGUUUUUAUUAGAUACUUUAUGCAGCACUGAAGCACUGCCAACCCCAUGAUGCUUUCUCCUUUGUCCUUUAACUGCCCUCUCCCCAAGGAAGAAUGUGCCAGGACUGUGUGCUAGAGCAUGGUGGCCUAGUGUAAAAGCCCUCAGUUUUUGCUGGUGCAGCCACUAGGGAAGCAGAUACAAGAGGAUCACAAGUUCUAGGUUUGCCUGGGUUAUAGAGUGAGUUCAAGGCCAACCUGGGCAGCUUAACCUGUCUUAAAAUGAAAGUGAAAUUGAGGGCUGAGAAUAUGACUUAAUAAUAGAGCAGGAUUAGAAGGACUGGGAGGUGAGUGCCUAUUGUCAGAGUAGCUAGUGGUUAUGUGAGUCAAAGUCUACACUUGAUGGUGAGAUGACAUGAAACACAUCCUGAUUUUAGAGACAGAGUGUUUCUACAGUGAUCAGUUUACUGUAAAAAUUGGUAUUUAUGACUUUUUUUUAAAGAAACAUGAGCGUAUUAGUGCCUGUGUUCUGUUAGCUACUAAGGUUAGGGCUAACCUUUAAACAGGUAUUGAAUAGCAGCAAGAAGCAGUCCCUAUAUUACCAGCAAUAAGAAUUAGAAUACAUAUUUAUGAACUUGAAAAGGAAGUAUUUUGAGAAAAGUAUUAUUUUUAAAAGCAAGCAUACUUCUAUAGUUAUUGAGAAAAACUGAGUUUUGUUUUGGUGGGGAAGAGAAUGUAUUCUUAGAAUAGUUGCCAAAAAUCCAAAAACAUUUCUAGUCUAAGAAUAUAGAAAGGAAGCUGCUGCGUGUUCUGAACUUUCCUCACCAACCAUAAGCAGUAUAACUCAUUUGUAUCAGAACUAUUUUAACAUACCUUUUUUUUUUAAAAUAAAAACCGAAGUGGAAUUUAUCAGUAUGUUAAUUUUAAUUAGCUAAAGAGUUUCAGUGUUUUGAGUUUUUGUGGUAGUUUUAAAUGUGCUUCUACAGAAUGAAAAAUGCAACCCUCAGAUCCUGACCAUCUUGCUGAAGACCGUGCAUUAUUAGAAAUACAGCCCUCGGAUCCUGAGCAUCUGCUGAAGGCAGUGCAUUAUGGGAUAUGCAGCCCUCAGAUCCUGAGCAUCCCCUGCUGAAGACAGUGCAAAAGUUUUAGUUUCAAUCAUAAGUGAAGACAUCCAGUGUUCUAAGUAGUAAUAACACCCAUUGGAAAAUUUAAGAAGCUAUUGUUCUUUUAAAGUAUGUGUAAUUUCCAAAAAUAAAACUUAAAAUUUA